CCAAAAAUUUACAAAGAAUGCAACUCUACUUCCUUGGUUUUCUAAUCCUAACAGAAUUUCGGAAAAUUUACAAUCGGGCACUGGGGGAAAUAAAUCAAAACUUGUGAAGGAGAAAAAUUAGACAAGGAAUUGCGAUAAACUUCUGGCACAAAGAGAAUUGUGAAUAAAGAAAGGAAUAGCUAAGUCCAAAAGGCAUAGGGAUAUCGAGUGAAAAAUAGAAGUUCAAGAUUAUUUUUGUUUGCAGUGGUUGACGACAGAUAAGCAAUAUCCGAGGACGGAGGACCGUGGAAACAUUAAUAGUGAUGGAACCGCCUUGCACAUUUCACCCAUGCGAUGAGGCUGUGAUUGCGACUAAUGACGAUGCCAGCGAUUGUAAACGAUGUGCAGUUCGCUUGGGAUAUUGGAAAGACGAUUACAUUGGGCAUUUUGUGCGUAACCAGGAUCGAAAAGCACCCGAGAUUAAUCGUGGCUAUUUUGCCAGAGUAAAAGGUGUCGAGAUGUGUAUAGAAAAGUUUCUGAAGAAAACUGAUGGGAAUUGCCAAAUCAUAAAUCUGGGUUGCGGCUUUGACACCUUAUACUUUCGUCUGAGGGAUACCCCACAUCAAGUAAAAAAUUUUAUUGAACUAGAUUUUCCAACAGUCACAGCACGUAAGUGUUACACAAUCAAACGCAAUAAAGUUCUGCUGGCCAAAAUACAUGACGAAGAUGGCGAAGUUCGUCUAAGUACGACUGAUUUACACGGACCCAACUAUCACCUAAUGGGCGUCGACCUUCGCAACGUCGACGAGUUGGACAAUAAGCUCCAGCAAGCUGAAAUUGAUUACAGCCUUCCUACGAUAUUUCUUGCCGAGUGUGUGCUGGUAUAUAUUGAGGCACAGAAUUGUAAGAAUUUACUCAAAUGGAUAGCUAGUAAAUUCAAAACUGCUGUAUUUGUUAACUACGAGCAGGUUAAUAUGAACGAUAGAUUCGGAGAAGUCAUGUUGAACAAUUUACGCAGCCGUGGUUGCAGUUUAGCUGGCGUAGAGUCCUGCAUUUCUUUAGAUACGCAAAUGGGCCGGUUUCUGGAGUGCGGAUGGACAGGAAGUCGGGCUUGGGACAUGGUACAAGUUUAUCAAAGCAUAUCCCUUGCUGAGCGACAACGCGUUGAAAGACUGGAAAUGCUUGAUGAAGCUGAGCUUCUUAUACAGCUAUUCCAACAUUAUUGUCUUGUCAUCGCUUGGAUAGGAGAGCUUUUUCAAGACAUUGAAAUUACGGUGGAAAAACGUAUGUCAUCUCUAAACAUCGAUUAAAGGUGAAUGAAAAUUGAUGAAGAGAGAUGUCUAGUUGAACACUUAAUUAGUGCGAACAUCGCAUAGGCCAAGUGUAAUGCAUUGUAGGGAUUAAUAAUUCCUUACAAGAAAUGCUUAUUUAAAUCAGAAGCGCAUAUAAGUAGCUGCUACUAUUUUUAUAAAAGUUAUUUUUUAAUUAUAAAAUAAAAAGUUUCAGCGUUAUUUAUGUACUUUAAAAUUUUAACCAUGUAUACAUUGAACAAUAAUUUUUCUGUUUGUAAUGUAAAAGCAAGUUUGCAAGAGAUUUAUUCUAUGUAAUUUACUCACAUAUAUGUAUGUAUGUAAAAAUUGGUGAGCAACAAAAAAACCAAAUUACUUCAAAUGCUUCUAAGUGUUGACAAAAUUUUAUUUCCUUUAAUUCCCAAAUUUAUAUUUAUAUUUUUCCUUCAUCAAAAAUGUUAAUCUGAGCGUUUGUUGUGGUACUCAUUUAUUAAAACAAAAUCUAUUCAAGUACUAAUAAAACCAGGACAAGAUCCAAGAUCCAACAACCCGUAA